GCAAAAUUUGACAAAUAUAACGUAGUACAAGAUACUUGUUCAAAUUAGAACCAACCCAUUUUAAGAUAUAUAGAGAUAAAAACUAUACUAGCGACUAGCUGAAAGAAAUACCACCCGAGAAAUAGGGGCACAUAUCAACCACUUAGAAGAAGAAAAACCCACCAGCCAAAAUGCCCCUUGUUGACCGUCAAACCAUUUUGUUUUUUAUAAUAAUGUUUAUAUUUUUGUCAUUACCCAGUGGGAUUGACCAACCACAUUCCAACAAGGAUCGAGAGACGUUGGAUAAGUUUCAUGCAAGCAUUAGGGCUAACCGGGAAGAUUUAGCCAAAUCAGAGUAUUAUGAAGGAUAUGGUAAUUUAACUGGAUUUAAGUUAUCAUAUCAGGAUAACUUGAAUAAUUUGAAUGAACUGAAUUGGCCAUUUCAUGAAUAUAAUAGGAAACAUCCUUUUGAAGAAAAAGAAGAAUUUAGCAUACUACCCAAUGAGGUUAGUAAUCGAGUUAAACAAUUUUGGUCAUUAGAUCCAAUAAAUGAAGAAGAUUCCGAAGCUUAUAUGUUAAAUAUAUCAGGAAAAGUGUAUGGAGAUUUCGAGGUGAUUAAGAAGGCCAACAAGAUCAAGCCAUAUGCAAUGCCAUUACCUAAAUAUUUACAAGAACAUUAUGAAUUAUAUAGUGAAAGCCAAUAUAAAGAACAAAAACAAAAAUAUGAAGCGAAUCCAGAAGAAAAUCCCGAACCAACUGAACCAAGCGGGGUGAUAAAUAAAGUAGGGAAUAUAACUUUUAAUCUGGGUAAAAUCUCUCUAGGACUAAAGAGUUUUGAUUAUAAUUAUAAAGAUCGAGAGAUGAUGGAUCAAGUUAAGAACAUAACGGCUGAUUCCAUUAAUGAUGCAGUGGUUGUUAAAGUUAAGUUAAAUUUGAUUGACUAUCCCGAAAUCAACGAUAAUGAAGUUGAAAGUCUUGGGGUAUAUUUUCAAAAAACCGGAUCAUUAAUUAGUAUAAGUAGAUCAGCGAAAUUUCUAGGAAAUUAUGGAUUAAGCUAUCUAACCAUGGAUGAAGAAAAAUUCAAUAUAACGAAGAAAUUGAUUGGACAAUUGGUUAAUACUACAAACUUUGAAAAAGAUCUUAAUAUGGAUUAUAUGAAUAGUUAUAUUGAAAAAUCCCAGGGGCAAUGUGAAUAUAUAUCGUAUUUCCAGUUCGAUAAGACUGAGUAUCUGAAGAAGCAAUUGGCCGAAAUAGAUGAAGAGUUAAUGAACCCAAGUGGUCGACCAAUCCCGCACGAAAUUCCUAAAUUGAGUAUUAAAGAAUCGUUACUUUAUUCUCCUGAUUGCGGGAUCAUAUUACAAUCCAAACCACAAACGAUAUUUGAAGGGAACAAAACUGAAGUUACCAAUUUUGAAUUGAAAAAAAUGUUGAGUGGAUUAUUAAUAUUAAUUAUUAUUCAAUUAUUUUUACUUGUCAAACAGUUAAAAGAAAUGAAAACGCCUGGUCAAUUGUCUAAUGUUUCCAGUACUACCAUUUCGAUUAUAUCGUUACAGGAUGCUUUAAUGGCGUUAUUAUUUUUGUUAAUAUCCAACUUGAUUGAAGAAUUGUAUUUAUUAUUAGCAUGUGUUGCGGUGAUUGCCUUUUUAAUGUGCGGAGUCUUUGGAUUAAAAUUUCUAUUGAGUGUAAUGACGGUGCAAUCAAACGAAACCGGAACCACUUGGUGGGAAAUCAUGAGAGGAAGUCGAGAAGAAGGAUUACCAUUACCGGUGACUCAACCAACAACAAACACUCCUGCUGCCACCCAAGCACAACCGGUUACUGCACCAUUGGGUAAUGACGAAAGUACUUUUGCCAAUCGCGUAUUUGGAACCGGAUGCAUCUUGACUAUAUUAUCGACUUUCUUAAUAUUGAAUUCAUUCUUAUGGAGAAUAACGUUCCGCCGAAUCUUCGAAUACGGAGGAUUACUUCUAAUCAAUUCUUAUUGGAUUCCCCAAUUCAGUCGCAACACUCUUAAAAACCGUCGCAAAUCAUUUUCGUGGGAAUUUAUUUGGGGCACUUCCAUGAUUAGGAUCAUCCCGGUAUGGUACUUGAGUCUCAUCAAACACAAUCCAUUAAGACAUCAUUACGAUCCAGUCUUGGUCAUUGUACUAACUCUGUGGAUCUUACUACAAAUUGGAUUAUUGUAUUUGCAACAAAUUUUUGGCGCAAGAUUCUGGAUUAACGAAAAAUGGUUACCGCAAGCUUAUGAUUAUCACUAUUUACUCAAUAUUAAGGAUUUGGAAACCGGGAAAGGGUUCCUGUCCGACAUGCUUAAUAACUUAACCAGCACCAAUGAUUUGGUUGAAAAUAACGGGAUCAUAAACUGUAAAGUUGAUUGUGCCAUUUGCAUGAAUAACAUCGAAAUCCCAAUCAAUACCAACGCCGACGGUAAGAACAUUCACCAACUAGAUAAAUCCAAAUUGAAAGAGUACAUGAUCACUCCGUGCCAUCACAUUUUCCACAGUGAAUGCUUAGAAGACUGGAUGGUCUAUAAGUUGCAAUGCCCGGUUUGUCGUACUGGAUUACCUCCAGUAUAGUGUUCAGCAGCCGCUUAUGUAAUCGGGUUGUUACUUUGACCGAUAGCGCCGUUAGCCGUUAACUAAAUAUUUUUUAUUUAUUUUUUUUAAAGCCGCCAUCCGUUUUACGAAAAUACGAAAAAUUUAUACGAAGGUCUCUAAUCAUAUGGUAGUCAUGUAUAAUUCAUCAUAGUAUUCAUUAUAGUAUUCAUAGUAUUCAUAGUAUUCAUUAUAG